CUGUCAUUUUAUGUUUCGUUUGCGUUUUGCGUCGACUUUGACUGUAAAUUAUUUGAAGAAAUAUUUUACAUUGCAGAAAUCGCAAAAUAAAAAAAAGCUUAAAUAAAUAAAAUUUGUUCAACAUGUUUGCUGCAAAAAUAUAGUAUAGUGUCUAGUUACAUCUCGAGAACAUUACCCUUAGAAAAAAGAUAAAAAAAUGUUUGUCAAAAUAUGUACUCAAAAAUAAUUACUUUCUCUAAUUAAAGGAUUAGUUAAAAGUGUGUUAUGGCUCCUGGUAACAAAGAUCGCCACCCAAGUCACACGGGUGCUAUUCCCAAAACUAAAGCCAGGAACAAUUGUAAUGUUCCCCAAGAAGCUGUGACACCGACGAGAAGGGACAUGACAACAAAUCUUGUAACGACUUCUUUGGAUUGGGUUCCUGUUUCCGAGUAUAAUACAAGAUCAAAUUUUAGUCAGUCAAGAAAACCAACCAACAAUACUUCAGAUCAUGAACUAACAGAUUUGGAUAACUCGGUGACUUUCGAGAGUGGUUUCGGGCGUUUUGUACCAGUAAGACCUCAACCGCGUGCAUUGCCCUUGACUGUGCAGAAUAGAGAAACAAUUUCUACAGACCAUAAUGAUGAUGGUGCAGGUUCAUCUCUUUCUUCCCAUACAAUACAUCAUUUUCAAAAUGGCCUAAUUCCUCACUCUAAUCAUGGUGCAGCUGCUGUGAUGAUAGUCAACCCUACAACACCCAAUGCUGUGACUGGGAAUAUGUCUCAACCUUUUAAUGCACCUAAUCAGAAUAGAAAUAAUUUGACAAGAAAUCUGAACUCUACACGAAACUCAUUUGACGGUAACAUACACGCAAGUAAUAAUAAUAUUACACCUCCAAUUUCCAAUUCAAGAACUGGAACUAAAGCUGUAAAUCUAAUGAAUAACAUGUUUGAUCAAGCCCAAGGGGGCUUCAAUAAUAUAAACGAGAAUAAUCCGACCCAUAGAGAGUCUGCUCGAGCUUUAGGAGAGGCGAUUGUUGCCGCAUGUCCUGACGCUGCUGCGGUAGAACGUAGACUUGGACAGAUCAGAGAAUAUAUUCGAGUCACAUCCUCACUUGUGGACACCAUGCGGAACUCAGAAGACGAGGCAUAUAUAGAACACACUAAAGAGGAAUAUGAUGAGCUUCUUCAAAUGAUAGCUAAAUUAAGAGAUAGUGAAAAGAAAUUGAAAAGCAUAUUAGAUGAUGAAAACAAUCUUGAUAAUAUAGAAGUACCUUUACUGGAGCCAGAUUCUGUUAAUCCAGUUGAAGUUACUGAAGUAUCAGAAAAAGUCCCCAGUGAAAUUUCAAGUGUUAGUCAAAACUUAGAUCAAGGCACAUCAAAAAAUAAUAAUGAAAACAAUCUAAUCAAUAAUAACCUUAAAAAAGUUACAAAUAUAGAGAAUGAACAAUUAAAUAAAACAACAAUACAAAGAACAAAUGAAAUACAUGCGGAAAAUAAAGAUACAGAUGGUGUUAUUAUAAAAGAGAUAGAAACAAGUGCUUUUGACGACACUGAGGCUAUAAAUAGUGAUUAUAAACGCAACGACGAGCUCAGAAAAAAUAUAAUAUCAUGUGUUGAGAAAGUAGCCAUGAUAGAAGAAAUUAAAAACAAAGUCAAUGAUAUUGGCAACAAUGACCAGGAUGUUGUGGUUAGACCUGUAUCGGUACAGAGCAAUGGUUCAACCUACAGUGAAAAUGAAUUGUGGCAAAAUGAAAUUAAAAACAAAAUGGAAAUGUCCCAAAUACGUCUAUCUACUUUAAAACAACAACAAAAGAGACUGCUAAAGUACCAGGCUGAAGCUAAACAACAACUAGAAGAAUUGAAAGAAAGGCAAGCUCAAGAGAUUAACCAGCCAAAUGCCAAUGACAACUUUACUGAUAUACAGCAAAAUAUGAGUUUUGCUGGAAACUACAAUCAUCCAAACCGUAUGUAUGGAGCAAAUCAGAUUGGUGUAGCGACCACACUGCCUCAGUCAUCAGACAGUGUGCACAGCGGACAGAUGACCAAUAACAUGGACACAGAACCUGGACGUUCUAAUCAAUCUACUCAUAGUCAAGAUGAGAGAUUCUCUAUUAGAGAUGGCAAUAUUGCUAGUAGUGAGCGCAUCCUGCAGCUCAAGCUGCGCGAGCUGCAGCUCAAAAAACAGCAUAUGGAGGAUUUGGUUUCUGAAUUCCAAAAACUUCAGAUGGCUACAGGUCUUGUCGGCUCCCACAAUACAUACUCCAGCUCGGGAGAGGACAGCGCGGAAGAUGAACCAUCUGGAAAGUGUAAUAAUGCAGCUGGAAAUUUGAAAAACGAAAAUAAAAGAAUCGGUGGGAAACUUACUUCAUCUUUGCAUAAAGCUAAAGAUUUGAUGAGGUCAUUAGAGGCUUUCGAAACCGACCACUUAUCAAAUUUACACGAGGAAUCCUUCCCAAUGUCUAACAAUACAAAUAUACAUGACAACAAGUCUGAUGGUGGUGGUAGUAUGGGGGAUUGGUCUAUCGAGGGCAGCAUGUGUCGUGUUCGUAACACGCUGCCGCAACGACACAAGUUCACCAACGAGCAACAUCAUCAGCAGCAACAACAUCAACAACAACAGCAACAAUAUCAUCAACAAAUUAAACAGCAUCAACAGCAGCUUGAGCAACAAUAUCAACAACGUCAACACCACAGACAACAAACACAUCAACCACAUUUCAACCAGCAACCACAUAUCAACCAACAACCACAUCUCAAUCAAGAACCACAUCUCAACCAACAACAACAUCUGAACCAACAACCUAGUCACGAGGCGAAUCUCGCGAGUCUUCAAGAACUCGCACAGGAGUUGCGUAUGGAGACUGAAAAGAUAAUGGGCGAGCGCGCGCGCAUUAAAGACAUGGUCUCCAAUAAAGAAGUGAGCAGAAAGCAGAAGAAGGUGAACGAGGAGGUGCGCGCGGGGCCGAGCGGCGCGCCGGGCCCGGCGGAGCGCCGCCAGCUGCAGCUGCGCGCGCUGCUGGCCGACAAGCAGCGCGAGCUGGAGGCGCUGCUUAACAAGGAGAAAGUUCUUUGUGUGGGAGCGGAGACACAGAACAAACCGGAUUCACGAGCGAUGUCGGUUGUUAACCAGUCUUACAAUAGUGAACAAGAAGAACCUGAAUCGAGAUCUGAACAACUGCCACUGGAUUCACAAACAUCGAGGGAAAAUGAAAACUAUCGGGGCGGCGGAGACAGCGCUGUCGGCGGCAGAUCUAUUAAUAUAGUGCCUUCUUGCUUGGAGAGUGCCUAUGGCAGCGAUACUGACAGUGCUUCAAGGAACAAAUCAAAUCAGAGGAAUAGACCACGACGUCGCCAGACUCAAGAUCGUCAGUCUGAAGAUAAUACACCUCAAGUGAAUAACGCUACACCCAAUAUUCGUCAUGAGCCGAGACCAGAAUCCAACGUUAAUAUGGCAUCACCCGUCGCACCAAGUGGCGACAAUCCCACGAACAUGCCAUAUGGACAGCUACCGCCUCAAUGUUGGAACGGAGCUAAAACUAAUCAGGAUGCGCGCACGAACCAGUUCACUCAGAACAGCCACUCGCAGACGAUGGAGCGGCUGCUGGGCACGCCGCAGAUGUCCUUCCCGCCCGCCAUGCCCUACGCCAUGAUGCCCUACGGUCACAUAUCCACUUUUUCUUAUUUCACACAUGACAUGAAGACUAAUAACAUUUAAUUAUCAUAUACUAGCUGUUCUCUUUUGGAGGAACGUUGGCGCGCGGAGACAGCGUCGCACACUCUCAACAACCAAGUGCCGCCCGGCAACCGCGCCAACAACUACUGGGACAACUUCCGAAGUUAUUCACGUCAAAACCUCCUCUCAGCUAACAGCAAGACCAAUGCGGACGGUCACUUAGGUACAGGCUCCGCGCACAACCCGCACCCGCUCGUGGAGAGGUCUCACAACACGCUGCACCACACCUCCUCCUCCACCUCGCCCUCCAUCACACCCAAGAGAAAUACUAACACGGCGACCACCUCGCAAGCCGCCGCACCGCCGCCAGCACAACUGCACAACGACGAACCAUCAAACAGACAUCCACGAAGAAAUGUCACUUACGAAAGAUCGCUCUCCUUUUCCUCCGCCCCGGAUGUACUAAACGUGAACCAAAACACAGAAGCCGAAGCAAACGCACCUUCACACUCCAGGAAUGUAGACGAAGCUACCACCUCAAAUGUAAACAUCAAUAGACAGGAAACCGCAACCACAUUCAGGAACCUAAACAUCACAAAUCCGAUACCAGAAAUUAUACAGUCGCAUUCAAACAAUUUGAACAACUCCACAAACUCAAAGAAAAAGUCCUCAGCGAAGCUACCGUCGAAAAAUUCCACGAACAGAAGGAACUGCACCUUAGAUUUUUCCCAAACUAGUAACAUCAACAUAACUAGUACUACAGAUACGCCAAACCCUAAUUUGGCGUCUACCAGUCGCGAGGUACAAGAAAAAGCUACUUCAAAAUUAUUUGACCUUUUGAGAGAAAAUGUUUAUUCAGAAGUGACCACCUUGAUCGGAGUCAAUGAAUCUCACCCCGACUUUUUGAUACAACUCUUUAGAGAACUGCAACUGAUAAGUUCUGAUCCAUUGAGACAAAAGGUUUUGCAAUCCAUACGAAAUGUACUAGCUCAGUACAGUUCUAUUAUGGAGAGUGAAAACAAUGACCGUGUCGAAGGCUCCGAAGCCGAGGCGGUUACAUCUGGAGAUACGGGUAAUGGGUAUCAUGAAUGUAGCUCCCAUUCCAUUGAAAAUGCUUGUACAAAUUCAGUGCAAAUUGACAACAAAAUCGUUCGUUUCCUGUUCAUGAGAGGCGAGGAGAUAUGCACACCUGAGCUAUUGGAUGCAUUGAGAUCUCUCAUACUCAACAGUGCGCCGGAUAGCAAACAGUCAAAGAAAAGGCUUCAAGAAAUAUUGUCAAAGUACGAGGGCAUGAGAGUCUGUGACAUAUCAAGCGACAUUAUAGAGAAUUUGUCGCUGUAUCUUUCUGGUAGUAGCGACGGCGAUGAAUCCGCGCACCUCACGAGCGAAAUCUCGGAAACUUCUAUACUUCAAGAUGUCGCGGGUUCAUUGAACUUGUUUAGCUCCAGCGAGACCCAACUGCACCAACUGAAUGGCUGUCCGUAUGAGAUGUGGCCUGGACAUGUUCACAUGGAUAUCGAUGGAGGGGAUUUAAAUGAAAACGGCGCUCGUUGUAGUCAAGAGGAUAAAGUUGAUCUCAUUAAUUGUUCUGAAAUGCACAAUGGUGAUUUAGCCGAGGCGGAUCAGACCUGCCCCGCAGACAUGGGGGACAGCGGCGUGAACAGCCACGACGAGGUGUCCAACACCGCAGACGGCCUCCCCGAUGUGGUGGACACUGAUGAAGUCACUCCCACAGAGGCAGAAGCAGAGUGGCUCGGGCUUGACCGUGUGCCAACACGGCUGCACAUGGAAGAAACAUCUGAAAAGCAAAAAGGUGAUAUUAGUAUUAAGUCAAAUAAUCACUAAACACCUAAACAUGGAACUGUUUAAGCUCCAAUGUUGUUUAGGUGGAGCCUGAAAGAAACUAUAUCUUAUUAGAUCUUCAUCAGCAUCUGUAACAAAAAAUAAAAUGGACAGAAAUUAAUUGCAGUUUUUCUUUCUUACAGAUUAAAUUACCAAGAAGUUUCAGGAAUUGCUGGCAUAUUUUGCAAUUAAAAUUUAAUGUUUUUUUUUCCUAAUAUCUCUUAAACUGUACAUCUUGUAUUUUUUCUCGUCAUAUUUAUUUUAAUAUAAUAAACAUUACAUAUAUCCAAAA